AUGCCCCUUUUAGCGCCCCCUACCGUACCUUACCUCCCUGAUGAUGAUGACUGUGUUGACUGCGGCGACUUGAUUGACGAAUCUAGUGAUGUCGCACUCGAAAUUGUCGAAGAAGCUGAAAGUGAAGCUCGAUAUGGAGAAUGUCCCAGCCAAUACUACCCUAUCCAGAUCGGAGAGGUCCUCAAUCACACAUACCGCAUAGUUCAUAAAAUUCACCAUGGUGGCUUCUCGACUGUUUGGCUUGCUCAAGAUCUGAAAAACCAAAAAAUUUUUGCAAUCAAGAUCAUGGUUUCUGGUUCAUCAGAAGAACAUGAUUAUCAGAUGCAAACUGCUAUUCAUCAGACAGUUACUGAUAUCUCUCAUCUAGUUUUAUAUGAGGAUGCCUUUCUUCUUCAUGGUCCGCAAUCUAGCCACUUUGCUUUUGUCUUUCCAUUCCUUGGUCCCAGUGUUGGAUCUCUUGUAGGAAAGCAGCUGCACAUUUCAACUCGCAUGGGCGCUAGACAACUAUUACAAGCUUUAGAGGGUUUACACAAAGCUGGUUUUGUUCACCGAGAUAUCAACUCUAUGAAUGCCAUCUGGGGCAGCACUCUUCCCGAAAAUCUCAGUGUAGCUAAUCAAUACAAAAUCCUUGGUCGGCCUCAACGAAUGUUGAUACAUGCCACUUGGAAGCAGGCAGAACUUGUGAGACCCAUGCAAUUCCCUGUCACACAUUGUUCAAAUAUGAUCUUUCUUGCAGACUUUGGGAUAACAACCCCAGUCAGUCAUUCAACAAUCCCAGAUGGACUUCCACCUUUUGAAUAUUGUUCGCCGGAGCGCCUUCAUGGUGCCAUUCCUCAAUUCUCUUGUGAUAUGUGGAGCUAUAUGUGUCUUUUUUCAUAUCUUUAUUUUGGCUCUAAUCUCUUUCCUCACCUGAAGGACGUGGUUACGUAUAUGGGCCCGUUACCGAAGUACCUAAAAGGGAAAUAUCUCUGGCCCAAGUAUAGCAGAGAUCAGUGGUAUGAUCCGAAUACCGCCAUUACUACAAGCCUCGAGGAGCGAAUUAGAUAUCAACGACCCGCGAUGGAUUCAGCCGAGAGGAAACUUCUCAUGUCCGUUUUGACCAGAGGUUUCUCCCUCAUACCCGAGCGCCGCCUAACUGCGAGUCAAUUGCUCCGAGAUCUAGAUUUUAACGCUCUUAUCGACAUAUAUUGUGGCUAG